GAAAGGCGGCGCCGGCGUGGGGGCGCCAGUCGCAAGAUGGCGGCGGCCAUGCCAGGCCUGUGGGCCGUGUCUGCGCAGCGGGCGGCGGCGGCGGCGCGGCCCGGCCUACAGACGCGGCGGCGGCGCUAGCCCGGCCCCGGCCUCUCUUUGCGGUCGCUACUCCCGCCUCUCCCCGCCAUGGAUUUGCCCGUGGGCUCCGGCGCUGCGGGGCCCAGCAACGUCCCGGCCUUCCUGACCAAGCUGUGGACCCUCGUGAGCGACCCGGACACCGACGCGCUCAUCUGCUGGAGCCCGAGUGGGAACAGCUUCCACGUGUAUGACCAGGGCCAGUUUGCCAAGGAGGUGCUGCCCAAGUACUUCAAGCACAACAACAUGGCCAGCUUCGUGCGGCAGCUCAACAUGUAUGGCUUCCGAAAGGUGGUGCACAUCGAGCAGGGCGGCUUGGUCAAGCCGGAGCGGGACGACACCGAGUUCCAGCACCCCUGCUUCCUGCGCGGCCAGGAGCAGCUCCUCGAGAACAUUAAGAGGAAGGUGACCAGCACCCCCCGAUUCUGUGGGGCAUAUCACAGUGACCCUCCUGUGGGGACCCAGGUGUCCACCCUGAAGAGUGAGGACAUGAAGAUUCACCAGGACAGUGUCACCAAGCUGCUGACCGACGUGCAGCUGAUGAAGGGGAAGCAGGAGAGCAUGGACUCCAAGCUCCUGGCCAUGAAGCAUGAAAACGAGGCCCUGUGGCGGGAGGUGGCCAGCCUGCGGCAGAAGCACGCCCAGCAGCAGAAAGUCGUCAACAAGCUUAUCCAGUUCCUCAUCUCGCUGGUGCAGUCGAACCGGAUCCUGGGGGUGAAAAGAAAGAUCCCCCUGAUGCUGAACGACAGUGGCUCAGCACAUUCCUUGCCCAAGUACAGCCGGCAGUACUCCCUGGAGCCCAUCCACGGUUCCGGUCCCUACUCGGCUCCGUCCCCGGCCUACAGCAGCUCCAGCCUCUACUCCCCAGAUGCCGUUUCCAGCUCCGGACCCAUCAUCUCCGACAUCACCGAGCUGACUCCCAGUAGCCCCGUGGCCUCUCCCGGCAGGAGCAUAGAUGAGCGGCCCCUGUCGAGCAGCCCCUUGGUGCACGUCAAGGAGGAGCCUCCGAGUCCUCCUCGGAGCCCCCCGGUGGAGGAAGCGAGUCCUGGGCGCCAGCCCUCCAUUGUGGACACCCCCCUGUCCCCAACUGCCCUCAUUGACUCCAUUCUGCGGGAGAGUGAGCCUGCCCCAGCUGCCUCAGCCACAACCCUCCCAGAUGCGGGGGGCCGGCCCCCCUCAACCCCGCCCACCUCGGCCCCUGAGAAGUGCCUCAGCGUAGCCUGCCUGGACAAUUUGGCUCGCACUCCACAGAUGUCUGGGGUCGCCCGCCUCUUCCCCUACCCCUCCUCCUCUCUGCAUGGCCGAUUCCAGCCAGGGGCUGAGCUCAGUGAGCACUUGGAUGCCAUGGACUCCAACCUGGACAACCUGCAGACCAUGCUGAGCAGCCACGGCUUCAGUGUGGACACCAGUGCCCUGCUGGACCUGUUCAGCCCCUCGGUGACAGUGCCAGACAUGAACCUGCCAGACCUGGACAGCAGCCUGGCCAGUCAGAUCCAGGAGCUCCUUUCUCCCCAGGAUCCCCCCAGGCCUCUCGAGGCAGAGAAUAGCAGCCCCGACUCAGGAAAGCAGCUGGUGCACUACACAGCACAGCCCCUGCUCCUGAUGGACCCUGGCCCCAUGGACGUGGGGAGCAGCGACCUGCCUGUGCUCUUCGAGCUGGGGGAGGGCUCCUACUUCUCAGAGGGGGAUGACUAUGCAGACGACCCCACCAUCUCCCUGCUGACGGGCUCUGAGCCCCCCAAAGCCAAGGACCCCACUGUCUCCUAAAGGGUUCAGGAGGGCCAGCUGGUCUCCGUCAGCAGUGAGGCCCAGCCCCGCAUGCCAUGGCUUGCUUGGGGCUUCACAGCCACGCCGAACUGACCAAUACUGUGGCUUUCACAAAGUGUAUUUUGGUUUUUACAUGAGUCCCCUUCCCCCUUCAUAGAAAUAAACAUACAGGUAUAUAUGUA